GACUGAGAGAAGUUAUAGAUCUCAUUCAUUGUCAAAAGCACCAUUGUUCUCUUUGAAAACUCGACAAAUUAACUAUGCCUCGACUUGUAAACCAGUCAUCUGUCGAUGAGAAUAUUGCAAUGUUCUUACAAUUUGGGUUAUCAGAAGAUUCAGACCUGACGGUUAAUGAUGAUGUUAUUGCUCGAGAAAUUCAACAACAAUAUCAAAAUAACUCGACAUUUGAAGAUGCUGCUAUUGCUUAUGAGAUUCAGCACCAAGAAGAUUCAGACCUGACGGUUAAUGAUGAUGUUAUUGCUCGGGAAAUUCAACAACAAUAUCCAAAUAAUUCUGACCUGACGGCUAAUGAUGAUGUGAUUGCUCGGGAAAUUCAACAACAGUAUCAAAAUAAUUGGACAUAUGACGAUACUGCUAUUGCUUUGGAGAUUCAGAAACAAGAAGGUAAUCUACCUACUUCUCUAAGCGAUGAUGAAAAACUUGCUAGAUAUUUGCAGCAACAAGACGAAUCGGCAAAUAGCACGGAUGAAGAUAUACAAGGGAACAAUUCAUACAUACCUGAACGUGAUGCUCCCUCGACUAGUAGAACAAUUAUUCAACAUGAUGAUGAUGAUCACUUCUCGGGUCAUCAUACACAUACUAGCACCCGGUCAAAUAGCUCAUCAAUUAGCUCCCUUGAUCUUUCUACUAAUGAGAACACUGAUCCCGCAAAUAUGACGUAUGAGGAAUUGAAUGAGUUAGAAGACUCCAUGGGAAAUGUUGAUAGAGGUUUAUCGCAAAGAAGGAUUUCAAAAUUACCGACAUAUAAAUAUGGUGCGGAAACCAAAACUUGCUGCUGGCAAAUCAAGAAAAAGAAGUUCAUCGCAACUGAUACUCAGUGUUCGAUAUGUCUAGUUGACUAUGUGAUGGGGGAUAAAAUAACAACAUUGCCAUGUAAACAUAUCUACCACAAGGAUUGCAUUUCACAAUGGUUGAAACAAAGCAAGGUAUGUUGCGUUUGCAAAGCCGAGGUCUAAUCCCUAAUGUUGGUUUCAGUAAAAAUUUAAU